UGCAGGUCACGUACUGCAUAACCAAAACAGAGCAAGCGUGUUCUCAUUUUCUGGUUAUUUAAGCUGUUAAACUCAUCUUUUAAAUGAAUUUUCUGUUAAAUCUCUUGUAAAUUAAAUGUAUCCAAAUGCUAGUGCACCGCUGGUUUCGGUUGCACGCGUUUUGUAGAAGUUUACGUGAAAGAGGAGAAGGAUGGAGGACACUCUGUGGAGAUGUGACCGCUGUAAAACACGCCAGAGCCCGGGUAAACUCUCCACCCGGUCGGCGGUUCUGUCACGGGGCUCUGGGGGACCUGUACCGUAACGCGUCCGUGCAGAGGUACAUCCGACAGCUCAUGGAGGAGUUCAGGAGCCUGGAUGAGAGGCUCCAGCGGGCUUCUCUCACCGAGGCAGACAGGCGCGCCAUGGUCCAGAAACAUACCGAGCUCCUCCCGCUGGCGACGGCGUGGAGGAGCGUGGAACAGGCUCUGAAAGAUCACGAGGAGUUGUUGUCUUUACUACAAAGUACCAAAGAUGAAGAUGUGCAGAUGAGAGAGCUGUUGAAGGAGGAGGAGGCACUUUUGUCUCAGAGGAUUGUAGACAUGAGAAAAGAUAUGGUAAAGACCAUAGUCCCCUGUGACCCUCUGGACUCCAGUGAUGUUAUAUUAGAGGUGGUGUCAGGACGCACCACAGGAGGGGACAUCUGCCAACAGUUCACCAGAGAAAUGUUUGACAUGUACCAGGGAUACGCCCACCACAAGAACUGGGAUUUUGAGCUGUUCAACUACACACCUUCAGAUUAUGGCGGCCUGCACCAUGCAUCUGUGCGGAUCGCUGGGGAUAGUGUGUACAGACAUCUGAAACAUGAGGGCGGCACACACAGGGUGCAGAGGAUCCCUGAGGUGGGCCUGUCCUCCAGGAUGCAGAGGAUCCACACAGGAACCAUGACUGUCAUCGUCCUGCCACAGCCUGUAGAGUUUGACGUGAGCAUAGAGCAGAAGGACCUGCGCGUGGACACGUUCAGAUCCAGAGGAGCAGGAGGACAGAGCGUCAACACCACCGACAGUGCAGUGAGGGUGGUGCAUCUGCCCACAGGUAUUUCAGCCGAGUGUCAGCAGAGCCGCUCUCAGCUCCAGAACAGAGACACGGCCAUGCGCGUGUUAAAGGCCCGACUGUACCAAAGCAUCAUGGGGAAAGAGGCGGAGCAGAGGCACACAGCCAGGAAGCAGCAGGUGGGCAGCCGCUCUCAGUCGGAGAGGAUCCGCACGUACAACUUCAGCCAGGACAGAGUCACUGACCACAGGACGGGUUACACAGCCAGAGACAUCAAAGAGUUCAUGAGAGGAGGAGAAGAACUUGAUGAUCUGAUCCUGAAUGUUCUGGAACAUUCUGAAACGGAGGCUCUGUUGGAUUUAGUCGAACAAAGUCUCAAAGAAGCCACGUGUGGGAAUAGUGCAGAAAAAUAG